AUGGCUUCCAGGCCUAAGAGGCGAGCGCUAGGCAACGGGGUCCCGGGGCCGCCCGGCGCCCCAGCCCCGCGCGACGAGGAGGAAGAGGAAGUCGAGGAGGAGGAAGAGGAUGAAGAGGAGGCCAGCGACAGUGACGAUGACGACGUCGUGGGCGAGGAAGUGAACGUUGAAUUUGAAGCUUACUCCAUCUCAGCGAAUGAUUAUGCUGGCGUUAAGAAACUAUUGCAGCAGCUCUUCUUGAAGGCCCCCGUGAACACGGCCGAGCUGACAGACCUCCUGAUAGGACAGAGCCACAUUGUUGGGAGUGUCAUUAAGCAAACAGGCGUGUCAGAAGACAGUGAUGACGAUGUGGAUGUGGAUGAAGAUGAGGUUUUCGGUUUCAUAAGCCUUUUAAAUUUAACCGAGAGACAGGGGGCCCCGUGUGCUGAGCAGAUCCAGGAGUGGAUUCUGAGCUGCUGCGAGAAGGACCUGGUUGAACGGCUGGACAAACUGCUCAGGGACAGUGCUCAGCCGGUGGGUCUCCUCCUGAGCGAGCGCUUCAUCAACGUCCCGCCUCAGGUGGCCUUGCCCAUGCACCAGCAGCUGCAGAAAGAAUUGGCGGAGGCCCACAAGACGAAUCAGCCAUGCGGGAAGUGCUCCUUCUACCUUCUCAUCAGCAAGACGUUUGUGGAGGCGGGCACAGCCCGGGCCAAGGAGAGGAGCAGCCAGGGGCAGGCGGAGCUCCUGUUCGCCAACGCAGAGGAGGAGUUUUUCUACGAGGAGGCCACCCUCAAGUUCAGCUACUCGGUGCUGGAGGAGAGUGACACCCGCCUGGGGGGCAGGUGGUCUUUCGACGACGUUCCGAUGAAGCCGCUGCGCACCGUGAUGCUGGUCCCGGCCGACAGGAUGGGCGCCAUCAUGGGCAGACUGAGAGACCACCUCUCCCUGUGACCCGGCCCGCCGACCCGAGGGAUGGUGGGGGCUCGUCGCCGUGAAGCGACCAGAACACUCAGCAGACAUCUAUUGAAAACCCGAGACUUUAUUCAGUGCCAGGCCCUCUACAGAAGCGGGCUGCUGUACCCGGUGACUGGCACGCUUACAGAAUGCCUGCAGUUUUGCUUGAUUUUCCCUUUGGGUCAGAUUAUGAAUGGUGGGUUAAAAACCUUUCCAAUCAGAAGGAAAACAUGCGGUAGUCAUUUCAAGAACUCAAUAAAAACUUUUUUUUU